UAACUUGAGCAAGGCACUGGAGGAUGGAAUAAAGUUCUAUGAGUCGGAUAAUGGAGUUAUAUUGACUCCAGGCAAUGACAACGGCUUUUUAGAGACCAAGUACUUUGAUAGAGUCAUUGAAGUUGCUACAGGCCGCACUCUUCAAUAAUGGAGGGGACCGUGACGCGCGUGCCGUCGCGGCCGACGUUCUCGCGGCCGCCCUUCGCGGCGCCGCACUCGCCGUCCCACUCCCGCCCUUGGCCGCCGGCCGCGGCCGUCCCGCUCGCGCCCGGGCGCUUGCAGCUGUCGGCGCCGGCGGGGCGCGGCGCGGGGCGGGGCGCGGGGCGGGAGGUGCGCUCGGCGGAGGCGCGCCGCAGGAGGGGGGAGGCGGACGAGCUGCUGCCCAAUGCCGUGCUCGUUACCGGCUACCCGCCGUACACCAAGCCCCAGGACCUCGCCCACGCCUUCUGCAAGUUCGGUUCCGUGCGCCUCAACCAGGACUGGAUCACCGACACGGCCGCCUGCCUGGAAUUCACGGAACCCGAACAUGCGCAGGCAGCCAUACGGGCUAGUCGGGCUGUGAACGUGUACGGCGCCUUCCUGACGGUCACGGCUUGCACCGUCAACACCCGACCUCAGAGGCAGCCCCGGAAGAGAGAGCCCAGGGUCGGCAAGGGACAGAACUUCAAGGGCGCGAUAGUGGAGCCGACGAAGAUCCCGCUCCAGGGCGGCUUCCAUCAACAGUUGGAGGCCCUGCUGCGCGCCGUGCGCCUCACGCAGCCCGAGAUCGAGCGCCUCGGCCAGCUGUACCGCGACCUGGAGUGCGUGCUCGGCGAGCUGUGGCCCGGCUGCCGCGCGAUCCCGUUCGGGUCGGUGACGACGGGGCUGGGCGUGAAGUCGUCGGACGCGGACUGCUUCGUGUCGCUGCCGCGCGCCGCCGCGGGUGGUGCCGUGGGCCGCGCCAAGCGCGCGCUGGCGGCGCACCCGCGAGUGUUCGACGAGCUGCUCGCCAUCCCCCGCGCCAACACCCCCAUUGUCAAGUUCCUCCAUAUUCCGACGGGCGUCUACUGUGAUCUGAGCUUCAAGACUCCGCUCGGCUCUCAGAACAGCAAACUCAUAUCCUUCCUUCUCUUCUGCGACCCUCGCCUCGUCCCCGUCGCGGUCGCCGUCAAGUACUGGGCGCGAGUCCACGAGCUCACGGGCACGGGGAAGCUGACCAACUACGCGUUGACCAUGAUGAUCAUAUUCUACUUCCAGCAGCCGCCGAUCUCGAUCUUGCCCUCGGUCGAGUGGCUUCAGCGGGACCGCAGCUACGACUACUUCGUGGAUUAUUGGAACACGGGCUUCAUGAGCGAUAUGCGCUUCGUCCCCAAAUCCGCCAACACGUCGUCCAUAGCGGCGCUGCUCGGAGGGUUUUUUGAGUACUAUGCUAAAUUUGACUUCGAGAACCUCGUCGUUUGCCCGUUCCUCGGUCAAACGGUCAAAAAGGAUGACUUCCGAGACCUGAGCCUUCUACCCGAGGUGUUCAGUCGAUACAAGAAGAACGUCAGUAGCGGCGUGUCGCUUCCCAUCCGCUUCAUGACGUCCAUGUGCGUCCAGGACCCUUUCGAGCAGUGUCACAACGUCGCAUCCUCGGUAUCCUCACGGUUGGCCGCAGAUAUCUGCGCCUACUUCAAGUUCGCCGCCGCCGCCUACGAGAAAGAAAAAAUGAAAGAUUUUUCGGGGCUGCUGCCGACGAUCCUCCUCGAGAAGCCGGAGCUGCCGCGGAGCAAGAAGGGCGGCUCCGAGUUCCGCGCGCGCCUGCCGCCCGGCCUCGUCGCCAACAUCGCCGCGCCGGACUGGAAGGCCGCCGUGCGGGACGUCGCCUUCCAGGUCUUCCAGACCAUUCUCAGGGUCCAGCUCGACAAGCUGGAAGACAAGGAGGAGACCGUUAAACCAAGUCAACAAGCGAAACCUGGACAAACCAGUAAAGGAGGAAACAUUUCUAAGCCGGAGGAGAGACCCGGAUCCUCCAAAUCGGGCGAGACGACCAAACUGGAAGAGACAACUAAAUUAGGAAAAAAAUCUGAAGACGUUUCGAAACUUGGACUAGAAACUUGUAAGCCGGAAGUCGUCACUAAACAAAGGAAAAAUUCUCAAUCUGAAGAAACCGCAAAAUCUGAAAAGGAAGCCCCUAAACUGGAGGAGACUGUUAAACCCCAAAAUGAAACUACUAAAUCGGGAGACUUGAAAGGAAAGGAAAAAGUGCCUAACGAAAAAUCUAAAGUGGAGAUAAUUAAAAACGGUAAAAUAGUGGGGGCUAUAACGAGGAGAGAGAAGGAGUGGUACAAGGGCGCGAUCACCCGCGCCAUCUGGAAGCGGAAGAUGUUCUCCAAGCUGUACAGCGUGAUGGGGCUCCAGUUCGUCGACCGGGAGACGAUGAUCACGGACGAGAUCAUGAAGGUGGACAAGAACGUGAUCGACGUGCGGUUCACGGUGCUGGUGACGUUCGUGAACGCGCCGCGCUCCGCCGUGGUGGCCGUACGCCACGCCGCCGGCGACCUCAACGCCUUCAAGGAGUUCGGCAAGUUCUUCAACAACACCUUCCAGCACUGGUUCGCCAUCCUCUACAGGCCCUACUGCAAGAAAUCCCUCCAAAACACCCACGCCGAGAACAAAGCGCCGGCCGUCACGGACGAGGAGGCCGCCGCGAAAGAACUCAAGGAGGCCAUGAAAGAAGACAAAGAUUUGGACAAGAGCGACUCCGACAGCGAUUCGGAUUUCAGCUACGAGGAUGAGAGGGUAGAUCCGAACGCGACCAAUUCGGAAGCGGGAGAAAGCAAAGUGAGUACGAAACUGGGUGAUGCGGACAAAAACAGUAAAAAUCAAUCCAAUAGUGUUGUUAAAAAACAGAGUGUAAAUGAUAAAAAAUGUGAUACGAAUGAAAAUUAUGACAAUAAAGUCCAAGCGGACAAAAUACCUAACGAGGAUGGGUUAAACGCAUCCGAUAAGUCGCCGCGUAGGCGCAAACACAAAAAGCAACACGCUGUCAAAGAUCUACCGAUAAACCACUUAAACGACAGGGUUGAGGCUUUAAACUUAAAUGUCACAUCACUACGAAUGAAUAACAUGCGAAAUCAAGACAAAACACAUCAGCAACAAACAGUAGACGAUCAAAAUGAGGGGAAAGAGUCUCAGAACACAUCAACAAAGAACAAAAACAGAACGCGGCACGGUGACCACAAUGACACCGGCCAAGAAAUUAUCAAGAGCAGAUCUACAAGAUACAGGCACCGGAAGGGCAAAGACAACACGCAGAGCGCUCCCGCGGACGAGAGCGGCCGCACCAGGAGCGCCGGGGAAAACGGACAGAUGCCUUCAUGUUAGUGUGUACUCACUCUAAUUAAGUAGAUACAUUUUGAUUAUUGCCCUUAGUAAUAUUGAAUGUAGCUAACUUUUACUGACUAUUAGCUAUAGGUAAUUAUGGAAUAGAGCAUCUAAACUGAUCAGAAUCGUUUUUUAAGGAGAAUUUGAAUGUCUGUUAAUGCUAUUUUUUGUAUGUAUAAUUACUUCAUUAUUAAACUUAUUUCUCAUAA